AUGGGCCGACCAUUUUCCCUAUAUUUGCUUGCUGUUCUGGCAAUUUGGGGUGUUGUUAGUGUGAAGGCAGAGGAUGAGUACAAGUAUUUCACGUGGGUCGUCACCUAUGGAACAGCUGCGCCUCUUGGCGUUUCUCAACAGGUGAUAUUGAUAAAUGGACAAUUUCCAGGCCCCAGGCUUGAUACUGUCACAAAUGACAACAUAAUCAUAAACGUCAUCAAUAAACUGGACCAGCCUUUCCUUUUGACAUGGAAUGGGAUCAAACAACGAAAGAACUCUUGGCAGGAUGGUGUUUUGGGUACAAAUUGCCCGAUCCCUCCAAAUAAGAACUACACGUACAAGUUCCAAACUAAGGAUCAAAUCGGGAGCUACUCCUAUUUCCCCUCGACUGUUAUGCACAAAGCUGCCGGAGGUUUUGGAGCACUUAACGUGUAUGCUCGAAAAGUGAUUUCCGUUCCGUAUGCUAAGCCUGCAAGAGACCAUAGCCUGCUUGUGGGUGAUUGGCAUAAUGCUGGUCACAAGCGAUUGCAGCAAAUACUUGAUUCUGGAAAGCCACUGCCUUUCCCCGAUGGACUCCUUAUAAACGGCCAGGGCCAACCUUCGUUCACUGGUGACCAAGGGAAGACAAUCAUGUUCAGGGUCACGAAUAUCGGUUUAUCCACAUCUAUCAGUUUCAUGAUUCAAAACCACACAAUGAAGCUCGUCGAGGUCGAAGGGUCCCACGUGCUCCAAAAUAUCUACGAUUCUCUCGACAUUCAUGUUGGCCAAUCAGUCACAGUCCUUGUCACCUUGGAUCAAUCCCCAAAGGAUUAUUACAUUGUUGCAUCCACACGGUGGAAUCUGACCUCAAAUGCAGCUAGGCCCAACCCGCAAGGCUCGUUCCAUUACGGGAUGAUAAAUAUUACGAGGACUUUCGUGCUCGCCAACUCAGCACCACUUAUUAACGGCAAGCAAAGAUAUGCCGUCAACGGCGUUUCUUACGUAAACCCCGACACUCCCUUGAAGCUCGCAGAUUAUUACAACAUCUCGGGUGUUUUCAGCGUCAACUCCAUCCAGAGCGUGCCAUCUGGCAGCGGCGGGCCCAAGCUUGGGACUUCUGUCGUAGGAACCUCACUCCAUGACUUCAUUGAGAUUGUGUUUCAGAACAAUGAGGGCACGAUUCAGUCGUGGCAUGUCGAUGGAUAUGACUUCUGGGUUGUCGGCUUCGGAAAUGGGCAGUGGACCAAAGCGAGCAGGAAGACUUACAAUCUUCAUGAUGCUUUGACCAGACACACCACACAGGUAUAUCCCAAUUCAUGGACUGCUAUAUUAGUGUCUUUGGACAAUCAGGGCAUGUGGAACUUGAGGUCAGCAAGAUGGGAUAGACAAUAUCUCGGACAACAACUAUAUAUGAGGGUUUACAAUCCGAUACAAUCCUUCUCAAACGAGUACGCCAUACCGAACAAUGUACUGCUUUGCGGUAGAGCAGUCGGCCGAAAAAUUAAUGAAUUUAGCUAA